AUGGAAGAACAACUAUGCUUUAGUACUAGUUCGACUUGUACGGUAGCGAUUUUAAACGGCGCAAAACAGACGGAUUUGAAGCAAUGUGGCACAGAAUUUAGAAAUGGAACAGUGCGAGUAGGUUACUCGCAUUUGUUUGUCGCACAACGUCGCAAGGCAGUCAUCAACGUGUAUAAGAUUAAUGGCAACGGGUCCAGGGAAUCUGUGGAACAGAGACUGGCUUUGCCCGAGCCUGUGAGCUGUCUGGAAGUGGUGGAAAACGCGGAAAAGCCGGACACGCCGUAUCUACUUCUGGCAUCAACUCCUACGGGAAAACUAUUCGUUUGGGAGCUCAUGUCGGGAAACCUUUUGGCAGUAAAGCCUUUGGCGCACUACCAGCCUAUCACCAAGAUCCAAUCGGUGGUAAACGGGAAAUAUGUGAUCACAUCGGGCGCAGACGCUAGACUGAUGAUCUGGCAGACCGUGGAUCUAGUGACACAGCAAGAUCCAAAACCGAUCUUUACGCUGCAUGACCACACGCUCGGAAUCACAGAUUUUUGCGUUUCCAACGCCCACGCAAAGACACAUUUGUCGGGCAAACUGUUCACGGUAUCUCAAGACAUGACGCUACGGUGCUACGAUCUAAACCUGGACGUUUGGCCACAACCUCAGCUGCUCGCCACAUUUACCUUCCCCAGCCCGUUGGAGUGCAUUGCUCUAGACCCAGCGGACAGAGCGUGCUACGUGGGAGGUCCUCAAGGUGUUUACCAGGUGAACUUUUACUAUUCCAUAAGCUCGAAUCAAAUUCUCAACCUAUUGAACGCCGACGGCAAUAGAAUCAUAUCCUGCGUGGAAUGCCAACCAGAAAGAAACUUACGUGAACUAUAUGCGAUGGGCCAAAUCGAGUGCCCAAAAAUUUUGGACGCCAGUGGCACUCAGUUGGCUAUUUCAAUGGACGGAAGUUCUCUGGUUGUGGGGGACACUUCGGGCAAGUGCAGUGUAAUAGACGUGUACUCGAAGCAAUCUAUGAAGGAAAUACAGUCGAUUGUGGUGAACGAGUCGUGUGGCGAAGUGACUGGCCUGACCUUAAACCUCAUUGACCAAGACACGUCCGAAAGCCUGGUCAGCACCGACAAGGCUCACACCGAAUUCAAGUUCCCAAACCUGCAAAAAAGUGUUUUCACCCGCGAGGGCUUGCACGACGUCUACUACCAGGCCCCUGCUGAAAAGGAAGGCGCUGUUGCACCACUCGAUGACUUCGAGGAAUACCUUGACCAGGUGGCAUCUGAAGAAAACGCAUUUGUCCAAUUGGGCAGCGUUGUGUCCACUGUCAAAAUCGUGGAUCAGAUAAAGUCGACUGCAGAAGGUACGCAGGCCCAAGACGAGCCCUCAAGACAGGAAGAAUCCAAAGAAAUAUUAGAAAUGCAGGAAAACGUCCGUGACAUCACCAAUGCGUAUAAGGAUCUACGAGAGAUGUACGACAAACUGCUGCGCGAACAUCAAACGCUGUCGCUGAAGUCGGAGCAGUAA